GAACAAUCCCGAUCAGUGCCUGCGGAUGAAGAACGCCGAUGAUGAUGCAUCCUCAUGAUUAUAUCACUACCCCCCCCCCUGAGGGUCUGUCCCCUCCCCCGCUUAGAAGGGACACACCAACCUAGACGAGACCUUUUCGGAUAUUAUAAUACUACCACACCUUCUCGCCAGACAGACCCUUUCUCUUCUGCACUUCAUCUAUUACUCUCUCUCCCCUAAACUGAUACCCCCUCCCAACCACCAGGCAUCUGCAGCUCAGUAACCUAUCAGGCCUCUCAUCAGGCUUCUAUUCUAUACUUCAUUGACGAAAAUCUCCAAAUACUCAAAUAAGCCCGAAGACGCGAAACCACAAUCUAGAUUCACAAUGGUGCUCAGCAGAGUGGCAUUGGGCUUUCUCGGCCUCUUCUUCACAGCAGGAGCUCUUCUGCUCAUGUUCUUGACCCUCCUGGGCGGUGCCACCAAUACCAAUCCCCUGAACCAGAUCUACUUCCUGCAGGUCGACACAAGCAACAUCCCGGGGGCGCCCUCGCUGUCCCGCUGGACUUUCUGGCAGCUAUGCGCCGUUGUCAAUGGCAAAAGUCAAUGCGGAUCGUCUCACCCGGACUUCCCCUUCGACCCCCCAAGCUCCCGUAACUUCGACACCACCGUGAACAUCCCCGCUGCCUUCAUUGGAACAAACCACUACUUCCUCACCUCCCGGUUCUCAUUCCCCUUCUUGAUCAUCGCCCUAUUUUUCGGCGUGGUCUCCCUCUUUACCGGCUUCCUCGCCAUGUGCACCCGUAUCGGCAGCUACCUGUCCUCCUUGAUGGCUUGGAUCUCUCUUACCUUCCAGAUCAUCGCUACCUGCUUGAUCACUGCCGUCUACGUCCAAGGCCGUAACAAGUUCAACGCCAACAACCAAACCGCCCGCCUCGGGGUCAAGGCCUUCGCCUUCAUGUGGACCGCCGUCGCCUGUCUCUUCCUCGCCUGCCUGACGUACUGCAUGGGCGGUGCGGCCGGUCGCAAGGAGCGUGGUCGCGGCUACAGCGGUCGUGAGCACCGCCGGAGAGGGUUCUUCUCGUCUGCUCGUUCCAACAGCCUGAGAAGCAACAAGGAGACUGCUGCUUAAAUUGGCCAGUCCACGGCCGUUGUCGGGGUCCCUCCGUGGAGAUAAAAAAAGGCUAAAACAGUACUAUCGGUCUUGCCAGGUGAAAUGGGACGUUGCUGGUUCUCUCAGUCUCUUGCUGGGAGGGUUGCGUGUACCGCGACUGAACAACCAGGUUGCCUGACAUUGCCCCUGCCUGUUUUUUUUUCGUCUUUCAUUUUCUCCCUCCUGAUGGCGGCAAGAUUGAUUCAAGACUUAUGUGAAUCUCGCUUACGUGUGAUUCCCUGAUGCCAUGUUAUGCACACACUUGACUGUUCUGACUGUAUACCAUCAUUCAUGACCUGGUGGGCUCAUUAAUUCUAAUAAUUCCUGUCCGUGAUUUGUCGGAGCUUGUUUGGGGGCGGGUGUCACUUUGAUAGCCGACCUGUACUGUGUAUCUGUAUGCUAUCUUCGCUUACUGUUGUUACACUACAUUUACAUUGAGUAAUUGUAAUAUAGCCUGUUCGAAAAGGAAAGCAC